UCUCGGGCAGAACCUCCGAUCCCCGGACCGAAGAGCUUUGAGCAAGACCCCUGGGAGAGGUAAAGGCAUUCUCAUUUAAUUGAAGUAUGUGAAGGUACCUUAUGUAAGGACCCCGUGGCUCCGGGACAGGCCCGUAUCGGGACAGGCCCGUAUCGGGACAGGCCCACGCCGGGACAGGCCCACGUUGGGACAGGCCCACGCCAAGAGCACGGGAGGCCUGCUCGUAAGGCGCGGUGAAAGCUGCGCAGAGUUGGGCUGGGGAGACGUCUCAGGAAAGACCCUUGAAGCGCUUAGAAGAUAUAUUGUGCUGACCAGGCCGCUUGCUCUUGAUACGCCUGUACAUCCAUACCAGCCGGGUGACCUUGUGUAUAUAAGGACAUGAGGUUCUGAACCACUCCAGGAGAAGUGGAAGGGACCUUUCCAGGUACUGUUAACAACUUAUACCACAAUCAAGGUAGAAGGAGUGGAGCCUUGGAUUCACUACACUCGAGUAAAGAAGGCACCGCCAGAUCAGUGGACAUGUACGCAAGAGGGACCUUUGAAACUUAGACUGUGUAAAAAUUCUAAGGACCAGUUUCUUUAGCCUGUUAUCUAUUGAAUUAUGAAUAUUAUGAAUUGUUUGAUUAGACUGAUAACACUUUUUUGUAUUUCAUCACUAAUUUGUAGCCAAAGAAAUACAGAAUGGCCAUGGUCCCAAGCUAUUGUCCAAUAUACCUGGAGUGUGGGACCAUAUCCCAAAGACCGUUCCCCAAAUUUAGCCACUGUAGUAAUGCAUGAAUCUGAAGUUUACCACUCACCUGAGUGGGAAUGGGACAGAAAGGACUGGGUCCGUGUCUUAACUGGAACAAUUGGAGAAAGAAUUCAAGUAGGAUGCAGAAAGAUGGAAGGAUCUCUUCAUGAGAAAGCUUCUUCAAUUACCAUCUCCGGAAAUCUAUUAGACCCUAGUUCUAAUAUUACAAUGAGAUUCUGUCCCACCACUGAAUGGAAAUGUAACAAACAAGAUUCUCUCAUUACGUGUUGCCGCCAACAGAAUGUCGGUCACUACUCCUUAGACCCUAGUACCAAUAAUGUUGAAAUCACCAAAUCCUGUAUUAAGGAACAAGGAGAUUGUUGGCAUAAUUUUACUUUAACUAAACCAGUUUAUGUGGUGUGCAAUUGGCGACCUAAUCCAUUGACAGGAGGACUGUCAGGUCUUACAUUUAAAUUCAAAAUAAAUGCUGUAACUAAACCCCUAGUGAUGCUUGUUGCAGUAGUCACUCAUGCUGACACAGAUACUCUCUUUACGUUAACUAGUAAAGGUGAAGUCACCCCCUCUUUUAUGGUACCACAAGGAAAUGACAUCACAAUAAGAUACAGAUUAAUCACUGAAUCUCGCAUUGAACCUAUAAACAGUUAUGAAAUUGGACCACAUGGCCCUAUUUUGUGUAAAAAUCAAAAUUUAGACUGUUGGUUAAAUGUGACUGCUGUACAAUACUCCCAUAAAGUAAUAUGUGGUAAAAAUAACACCAAAUACUGGGGAGAACUUAAAAUAGACGUCAUAAUACCUACUACCCAACCAAUUGUUGCGCUUAAUUCGAAAAUCUUUGAAAUUGGACCGUAUGUGAUUAGAAAUACAGGCUUGCAACAAAUGUUGUUUAACCCGGCAUGGUCUCUCAAACGAGUUGAAUUGUCAGAGUAG